AUGGCAUCCAGUAGCGCCACUACGGAGGCUGAUGCUAGUAAUAAGAAGCCAUCAGCUUGGGAUCAUGAAGGAAUUGAUCACUGGAAGAUUGAUACGUUUGACGAAAAAGAUAAUCCACAAGGGUUACUAGAAGAGAGUUCAUUUGCUACCUUGUUUCCUAAAUAUCGCGAAAAAUAUUUAAGAGAAGCUUGGCCACUUGUAGAAGAAGUCCUAAAGCAACACAAUAUCAAAUGUAAACUAGAUGUAAUUGAGGGUAGUAUGACAGUCAGUACUACAAGGAAAACAUGGGAUCCUUACGUAAUUAUAAAAGCUCGAGAUUUAAUCAAAUUGCUAGCUAGAAGCGUACCUGUCGAACAGGCGAAAAGAAUUUUAGAAGACGGAAUGGCUUGUGAAAUUAUUAAAAUUGGUAGUCUAGUGAGAAAUCGGCAGAGAUUUAUCAAGAGACGUCAACGUUUGAUUGGUCCUAAUGGAGCAACAUUAAAGGCACUAGAAUUACUCACUGGUUGCUAUCUGAUGAUACAAGGUAAUACAGUUGCCUGUCUUGGAACAUACAAAGGGUUGAAGCAGGCGAAAAAAGUGAUCAUUGACACCAUGAAUAAUGUUCAUCCUAUUUAUAAUAUAAAGGCUAUGAUGAUUAAGAGAGAGUUAGCCAAUAACCCUGAUAUGGCUAAUGAAUCAUGGGACCGUUUCCUACCGAAGUUUAAGAAAGUGAAUAUUAAAAAGAAAAAAGUUAAAAUUGAGAAGAAGGAGUAUACUCCAUUCCCGCCGCCACAGACCGAACGAAAGAUUGAUAAAGAAAUGGCUAGUGGAGAAUAUUUCUUAAAGAAGAAAGAGCGCCAUUUCAUGAAGCGAAAGGAACGACAGGUUAAACAGGCUGAAGCCAAAGAGAAAAGAAAGGCUAAACGCGAAAAACUCUUUACUCCUCCUUCUGAGCCGAAAAAACACAAAAAGGAAAAAAAUGUGAAAAAGGCUGAUUCUGUGGAUGUAGGUGCACUGAAGGAGAAGAUCAAAAAAGCACAGGGUAAAAAGAAAAUAAAGAGAUCUUAA